AUGGUAUCACCAUGUUGGCCAAAUACAGUUCAAUUAACAUUAAGUAUUCAAUGCUCAAACGAACUUAUACUUCUUUUACAACGUAAUACUCUGCCAUCAAUUGAACAAUUGAGCGUUACUAAUGAGGAGCUACAUUUUCCUUUACUACUAAAUGAAGGUAAAUCAGCAUCAGGUAUUCGACUUUGUAAACAUGAUCUACGUGAAAGACUCGAUGGUACUCGACUACGAUAUUUACUGCUACGUUAUUUAAGUCUCAGUGAUGUUGUUAUAUUACUUGACGCGUUAACUAUGCCUUUACUUGAAAACAUGAUAUUGGUUGAUUUGUAUGAUUAUACAUUAGAUCAUGUUGGUAAAUUUCAAGAAUUAAAUGCAUCGAUGACAUUACGUUAUCCUUCCAGUUGUGAUUUGUUGUUUCGUCAUCUACGAUCUUUAACUUUUAAUUUCCUAUCAAAAUCAAUAUCAAAGUUAGAACGUGUGACCAUUAUCAAACAAAUACUGGAUGCAUCACCAAAUCUUUCACAUCUUGUAGUGCCAUGGGAGGAUUUUCGUGAAUGUUCACAUAGCUACUUAAAUCUUCGACAUGUCAAUCUCAUGUUAGAGCGAUUAUAUCCCGAACCUAUAGAAUAUUUCAAUGUUGAUCGAUUAGCUCAAUUAGUACCUUAUCUAUGUUCUCUUGAAACAAGUCGUGAAAUUAUUAAGUUGAAUGAAAAUCUUGUUCAAUUUAUUUGGAAAAUUAUUCAUCGAUUUGAUCAAUUAGUGUAUUUAAUAGUGAACAAAGAUUGUCUUUAUCGAUCGAAACAUGAAAAACAGAAAAUAUUCGAAGAAAGAUUAUUAGCAGUUGGACAUAAUCAACUAUUUAAUUGUAAUAAUAUUAAAAUUGAAUUUCGUAGAUACGACGAACUACGUAUUUGGCUUUAA